CCUCUCCAGUGACAGAGGAGUAGUGAGCGGCACCGGGUGAGGCUGCAGCCAACUCCGCUCCCCGCGCACUCGGCCGCCCAGGCGCUCGGGACGCAGUAGCGGCGCUUCUCCGCGGGGCCGCCCGCCCGCGAGGCCCGCUUAGGAGCGGCGGCAGCGGCCAGCGUCGCCACACCCGGGCAGCAGCGCUCGCGGUCGCAGAGCGGGGACAACAGCGUGCCCCCUGCCCCAGCCCCCACCCCGCCCCCCACCCUGAAAUGACUUGUUAAUCCGCGCGGACACCACCGAAGGGACUCACCGGAGUGGAAUCCAAGUGGAAUUUGGAUUUGGAGAAGAGUUUCUUGAACAUUUACUCCUUCCUUGUUGGUUUUUUUUUUUUCUUUUCUUUUCUUUCUUUUUUUCCCUCUCCCCUUCUGCGCCUGUCACUGGAGAUGAACACAGCGCGUUUGCUUCCCAGAAAGUAGUCGCCGCGACUGUUACCCCCAAAGAGAGGAGCACACAUGUAGGAAUGACAAAGGCUUGCAAAGGAGAGAGCGCAGCUUGCGGCCCGGAGAGAUCUCCUCGAUAAUGGAUUACUAAAUGGGAUACACGCUGUACCAGCCCGCUCCGAGCCCCGGCCGCCUGCCCGUCGAUGCACCGAAAAGGGUGAAGUAGAGAAAUAAAGUCUCCCCGCUGAACUACUAUGAGGUCAGAAGCCUUGCUGCUAUAUUUCACACUGCUACACUUUGCUGGGGCUGGUUUCCCAGAAGAUUCUGAGCCGAUCAGUAUUUCGCAUGGCAACUAUACAAAACAAUAUCCGGUGUUUGUGGGCCACAAGCCAGGACGGAACACCACGCAGAGGCACAGACUGGACAUCCAGAUGAUGAUGAUCAUGAAUAGAACCCUCUACAUUGCUGCUAGGGACCAUAUUUAUACUGUUGAUAUGGACACCUCACACACAGAAGAAAUUUAUUGUAGCAAAAAACUGACAUGGAAAUCGAGACAGGCUGAUGUAGACACAUGCAGAAUGAAGGGAAAACAUAAGGAUGAGUGCCACAACUUUAUUAAAGUCCUUCUAAAGAAAAAUGAUGAUACUCUGUUUGUCUGCGGAACUAACGCCUUCAACCCUUCCUGCAGAAACUAUAAGAUGGAUACUCUGGAACCUUCUGGGGAUGAAUUUAGUGGAAUGGCCAGAUGCCCAUACGAUGCCAAACACGCCAACGUUGCACUGUUUGCAGAUGGGAAACUAUACUCAGCCACAGUGACUGACUUCCUUGCCAUCGAUGCAGUCAUUUACCGGAGUCUUGGAGACAGCCCAACCCUACGGACCGUCAAACAUGAUUCCAAAUGGUUAAAAGAACCAUACUUUGUCCAAGCAGUGGAUUAUGGAGACUACAUCUACUUCUUCUUCAGGGAAAUAGCAGUGGAGUACAACACCAUGGGAAAGGUAGUUUUCCCAAGAGUGGCUCAGGUUUGUAAGAAUGACAUGGGAGGGUCUCAAAGAGUCCUGGAGAAACAGUGGACGUCCUUCCUGAAGGCUCGCCUCAACUGCUCGGUUCCCGGAGACUCUCAUUUUUAUUUUAACAUACUCCAGGCAGUCACAGACGUGAUUCAUAUUAAUGGCCGUGAUGUUGUGCUGGCCACCUUUUCCACACCUUAUAACAGCAUCCCCGGGUCAGCAGUGUGUGCCUACGACAUGCUUGACGUUGCCAGUGUUUUCACGGGGAGGUUCAAAGAACAGAAGUCUCCAGAUUCCACCUGGACACCAGUUCCCGAUGAACGCGUGCCCAAGCCCAGGCCAGGUUGCUGCGCUGGCUCAUCGUCCUUAGAAAAAUACACAACCUCCAAUGAGUUUCCCGAUGAUACCCUGAACUUCAUCAAAACGCACCCACUCAUGGAUGAGGCUGUGCCUUCUGUCAUCAACAGGCCGUGGUUCCUGAGGACAAUGGUCAGAUACCGCCUGACCAAAAUUGCGGUGGACACUGCUGCUGGGCCAUAUCAGAAUCACACUGUGGUUUUCCUGGGAUCAGAGAAGGGAAUCGUCUUGAAGUUCUUGGCCAGGAUAGGAAACAGUGGUUUCCUAAAUGACAGCAUUUUCCUGGAGGAGAUGAGCGUUUAUAACCCUGAAAAGUGCAGCUAUGACGGAGUAGAGGACAAGAGGAUUAUGGGCAUGCAGCUGGACAAAGCAAGCAGCUCUCUGUAUGUUGCAUUCUCCACCUGUGUGAUAAAGCUUCCCCUUGGCCGGUGCGAACGACACGGGAAGUGUAAAAAAACCUGCAUCGCCUCCAGAGACCCGUACUGUGGGUGGGUAAAGGAAGGAGGUUCCUGUGCCCACCUGUCACCCAGCAGCAGACUGACUUUUGAACAGGACCUAGAACGUGGCAAUACAGAUGGCCUGGGAGACUGUCACAAUUCCUUCGUGGCCCUGAAUGACAUUUCAACUCCUCUUCCAGAUUAUGAAAUGUCUUACAACACAGUAUAUGGGCACUCCAGUUCCCUCUUGCCCAGCACCACCACGUCAGAUGCGGCGGCUCAAGAGGGGUAUGAGUCUAGGGCAGGAAUGCUGGACUGGAAGGAUCUGCUCGAUUCACCUGACAGGACAGACUCUUUGGGGGCGGUGUCUUCCCGUAAUCACCAAGACAAGAAGGGAGUGAUUCGGGAAAGUUACCUCAAAGGCCAUGACCAGCUCGUCCCUGUCACCCUCCUGGCCAUUGCGGUCAUUCUGGCUUUCGUCAUGGGGGCCGUGUUCUCUGGCAUCAUCGUCUAUUGCGUCUGCGACCACAGGCGCAAAGACGUGUCCGCCGUGCAGCGCAAAGAGAAGGAGCUCCCCCACUCGCGCCGGGGCUCCAUGAGCAGCGUCACCAAGCUCAGCGGUCUCUUUGGGGACACCCAGUCCAAAGACCCGAAGCCGGAGGCCAUCCUCACACCACUCAUGCACAACGGCAAGCUCCCCACGCCCGGCAACACGGCCAAGAUGCUCAUCAAGGCCGAUCAGCACCACUUAGACCUGGCGGCCCUGCCCACCCCGGAGUCCACCCCGACGCUGCAGCAGAAGCGGAAGCCCAGCCGCGGCAGCCGCGAGUGGGAGAGGAACCAGAACCUCAUCAACGCCUGCACCAAGGACAUGCCCCCCAUGGGCUCCCCUGUGAUCCCCACGGACCUGCCCCUGCGGGCCUCCCCCAGCCACAUCCCCAGCGUGGUGGUCCUGCCCAUCACGCAGCAAGGCUACCAGCACGAGUACGUGGACCAGCCCAAAAUGAGCGAGGUGGCCCAGAUGGCGCUGGAGGACCAGGCGGCCACCCUGGAGUAUAAGACCAUCAAGGAGCAUCUCAGCAGCAAGAGUCCCAACCACGGGGUGAACCUGGGGGAGAACCUGGACAGCCUGCCCCCCAAAGUCCCCCAGCGGGAGGCCUCCCUGGGCCCUCCGGGAGCCUCCCUGUCUCAGAACGGCCUGAGCAAGCGGCUGGAAAUGCACCACUCCUCCUCCUACGGCCUCGACUAUAAGAGGAGCUACCCCACGAACUCGCUCACGAGGAGCCACCAGGCCACCACUCUCAGAAGAAACAAUACUAACUGCUCCAAUUCCUCCCACCUGUCCAGAAACCAGAGCUUUGGCCGGGGAGACAACCCGCCCCCCGCCCCGCAGAGGGUGGACUCGAUCCAGGUGCACGGCGCGCAGCCCUCGGGCCAGGCCGUGACUGUUUCGCGGCAGCCCAGCCUCAGCGCCUACAACUCGCUGACGAGGUCGGGGCUGAAGCGCACACCCUCGCUAAAGCCGGACGUACCCCCCAAACCCUCCUUUGCCCCGCUUUCCACAUCCAUGAAGCCCAGUGACGCGUGUACAUAAUCCCAGGGGGAGGGGGCAGGUGUCGAACCAGCAGGAGAGGCCGGGCGCGCGCCCAGCUCGGCGAGGCCCUCCGCUGCCUGCGUACCCACCAGACCAAGACGGCCGCGGCGGAGCGGAGGACGCUGGGUGCGCCCCUCGGGGGCGCAGGGGACUCUGGAAGCCUGGGCCACGUGGUUGGGUGAAGGUUUGCGACGCGGGACUCACCUCCAUUCUCUGACUGCACUCCCCCCUCACAGCGCGCAGCAGGUCGGACUCACGGGACUUAAAUUACCAUCGCAAACCUGAGCCAAAAGCACACACCCGCCCACCUUCCCACGCAUGCGCGCGCGCCCCCGCACGCGCGCGCGCGCGCCUCCCCCACCCGCGCCCGCGCCCGCCCCCGCGCCCGCCCCCGCGCCCGCGCCCGCAGGUGAGCGAUGACUGCAACGUGUUGUCCGUGACUGCACCGCGCGCCUGCUAACAGGGCUGGCGUUCCACCUGCAAAACACAGAUGCAUUUUUAAAAAUCAUGAAAAUUAAAAAGACAAAAAAAUAAAGAAUUCAUUGAUAAUUCUAACUCAGAACUUUAACAAUGGCAGAAGUUUACUAUGCGCAGAUACUGUGAAAUGCCCACCAGUGUUACCGCUUUCUGUUAUUAGCAGAUGAAUGCCAUGUUGGGCAACUACGUCAUAGAUUUCUGCUCCUCUCUUUUAAUGAAAUAACGUGACCGUUAACGCAAGUAACGCUUUAUUUAUUGUUCACCCUUUUUUUCCUUAAGGAAAGGACUCUUCCACAUACCAACCUAUGAACAGCUCUUCAGAAAGCCCCUGGAAAGUUAAACUAUUUAACGUGAAAUCCAUUAACUGGAAUAAUUGAGUUUAUUUUUACAAUAAAUUCACUGAGUAAAUAAGUUGGAGCUGCAAUUCUGAGCUUUGUGUUUGGACUGUCUGAUCUCUAGCUAAAAGAAAACGUGCAGAGAGAAAUAUUUAUUUAAAUCAACCAGUUAAUUUGCUGGUCAGGUCUCUGGCCCUAUAACAUGCAAAAAAUUAAUUAGUUUAAAAGUCCUUCCAGAUCCUAAUUUCUAAAGCAACCGGGAGAGGAACUUUUAGAAUGACACAUCCUGCGUCCCAUUUGCUGCCAACAAUGUGGUUGUCAGUGGUUCCUACUUUCUGUGAAGGCACCAGCUUGUGAUACCCAUCUCAUUUCACCUUGCAUGUGAGACAGCAAACAAAAUCCACUAAAGGCGUGAACUAAUUAAUAUGCUGGCUGCUACCUUGCAUAAAUUAAUGGUUUGCUCACACGGGUUUUUCGUGGGGUUACAUCUGUGAAUAGCCUCUUUUCCACAUGUAAAUUUGUGCCUUACACCCUGAGUUGUGUACACUUGUAAACUGUCGUUAUGAUAAACUUCCCCCCCCCCCCCCCCCCCCCCCGCCUUUUGAAAUAAAUGCAGCUAUUUAUUUGACCCUCCCUCCCCCCACCCCCACUCCAGCCCUCUGGAAGAUUAGCAUCUAGCAGAUGGAAGAAGAAUGCAGUGGUGGUGGUUAUAAGCCUGCCCCCCCAGGAGAGCUAGGCAGCCAGCACGCCCUCCGAUUCACUUCCUUCUAGUCGUGCCAACUCCGACCGCCCUUUGGCCAUGCUACCAAGCAUGGACACCGGUGUUGAGGGUGGCAAUACCCAUUCUCCCUCCAGAGCUCCCUGCUUCCCUGGUAUUCUCAGAUCAUUUCAACAUGGUGAUAUCCUCAUUGGCCAGCAGAGAAGGGACUAACGUCCCAGCCCUCUUUUCCGCUGGAUCCACCGGCUGGAGAACACGCUGUGUGAGGUUGCCAGGCACCUGGGAGGUGUCUCCAAGCCAUGGGCUCAGCAUGCACGUGCCCUGCACACAAAGAAAUGACGUGGAAGUAGAUGCAGGCAGGCUGGUCCCUGCUGUGAUGGAUGAGUAACUCCAAGUACAAAGCCAACCACAAUGGAUGCUGCAAAAACAUUGACUGGGGCAGAAGAUUUUUUAAUUUUUUAACAAAUUUCUUCAACCAUUUGUUGUUCUUGUUUGUACGGGGCGGGGUGGGGGUGUGUUUUCCCCCCUUGGUUCUCAUUAGCUCAAGCACAUAGAGGGGACUAUUGUUUACUCUAUCAUGAACAAAAGAACUGUCAACGUAAUAUAAACAGUGAGCAUUGUUUGGGGUUGUUGUGUUUUCAAACAGUAUAUUUGGUGGCCUCUGUCUCUUUUUAUUUCCAGUUUGAUCUUCUGGGUUUG